GAUACUUCAAGCUAUCGGCAUGCUCAGUCCAUAUAUAUACAACUGAACUGAACUUGAAUGAAACCAGCUUAUAUACAUAGCUUUUCAAGGCACAGAGUAUCAUGAAGGUGAACAAUGAGAAAUCUCUACGCAGUUUCUGGCCUGCCAGACAUUCCACAGCUACCGGAUGGCGACGUCCGAUAAACAAAAGAGUUGCAACCACUAUUUUAUUUGUCUUCUUUAUUUUCCUUGCCUUAUUCAUCGUGGGUUGUUUUGAUACUUAUAUAUUUAGGGUUUUUUCCACUCCAGCACCGAAAAAAUCAGAAUUCCCAUGCACUACAGGAAACCUGACGCAAACCUGUCCAGAAGAUUACCCAUCAAUUCACAUCCCCACAAAUCCAUCAACUGUGACCUGCCCAUCCUACUUCCAAUGGAUCCACGAAGAUCUACGGCCUUGGAAAGAGACGGGAAUCACGAGUGACAUGAUCGAACGGGCGCGCCCGACGGCGCAUUUUAGGCUUGUGAUUGUGAACGGGAAGGCCUAUGUAGAGAAGUAUACCCAGUCUAUACAGACCAGAGAUAAGUUCACUCUCUGGGGUAUAUUGCAGCUCCUAAGGUGGUACCCUGGAAGAUUGCCUGAUUUGGAACUGAUGUUUGAUUGCGGUGAUAGGCCAGUCGUCCGAUCGUCGGACUUUCAAGGCCCAAAUGCUAGCCCACCACCGUUGUUCAGAUACUGCUCGGACCAUCAGAGCUUGGAUAUUGUGUUCCCUGAUUGGUCAUUUUGGGGCUGGGCUGAGAUAAAUGUAAGGCCGUGGAAAAAUGUGUUGAAGGACAUAAAAGAAGGUAACAGCAGAACCAAAUGGAAGGACAGGGUACCCUAUGCUUAUUGGAAAGGCAACCCAUAUGUGGAUCCAACAAGACAAGACCUUCUCAAAUGCAACGUUUCAGACCAAAACGAUUGGAACGCUCGCUUAUAUGUUCAGGACUGGGAACAAGAAUCUAAACAAGGGUUCAAACAAUCAAAUCUACAAGAUCAAUGCACCCAUAGAUACAAGAUUUAUAUAGAAGGAUGGGCGUGGUCUGUGAGCGAGAAAUACAUAUUAGCAUGCGAUUCCAUGACCUUGUAUGUGAGGCCACGUUACUAUGAUUUUUAUAUAAGAGGCAUGCUCCCACUGCAGCAUUAUUGGCCUAUUAGGGAUGACGCCAAGUGCAGUUCUCUUAAGUUUUCCGUAGAAUGGGGCAACAAUCACACUCAACAGGCACAGGCGAUAGGGGAGGCCGCCAGCAACUUCAUUCAAGAGGAUCUGAAGAUGGAUUAUGUGUAUGAUUACAUGUAUCAUAUACUAAAUGAAUAUGCAAAACUGUUGAAAUACAAACCCAGAAUACCUCCAGGUGCUGUGGAGCUAUGUUCAGAAUCAAUGGCGUGUGCAGUAAAUGGUGUCCAAGGGAAGUUCAUGAGGGAGUCUAUGGUGGUGUAUCCUAGCGAUACGAAUCCAUGCACAAUGCCUCCUCCAUAUGAUCCUUCUGCUCUUGCAGAAUUUUUGAAUAGAAAAGAUACAUCAAUUAGGCAAGUGGAGAUGUGGGAAAAUGAGUAUUGGCAAAAAUCUAAAUAACUAAGGAGCUUGCAUCAAAGCUUUGUUUUUGUCAGGGUGUCUGUCUUCCCUGUCUCCUGUGCGUAUGUUCUAACCUAUUCAAAAAAUAAAAAGUGUACGACACGAUUACAUAAUUGUCCUAAAAAUUGAAAAAGUGAUACUUGGACAGUUGAAUCAUUCAGCAGAUAGUGAUUUUGAAAGAUUUCGGAGGGCUUGUUACGCAGAUCACUCGUCUUGAAAUUAAGUGGGUCGGUCCUUGUGUGAAAUGAGGACCACCUAGCUUGUCAUGAAGAUGGAUGAUACGAAGAAUCCUUAUUUCAGGCCUAUAGGCAAUAAGAGGUGCUGGCAAUUACUGCGACGCUGCAAGCUGCAAACAAAUAAAUCCUUGGAUUUUCAGGUAUUCCAUCGUAUUUAAGUAGUGCCCUGCAAGCAAGGGACAAAAGGAAAAGGAUUUGUAAGGUUUUGCAUUUAACAUGAGAUGAGAGACGAAUCGAAGCUCAUUGUCAUAUGUAACUGCAGGAGCAACUAUCCUCGUGGACCAGUAGCCACAGCGAACUACCAUACCAUGUGAGGCCUCAACAUCAAAUACUACUGGUAAAUGUAGAAUCCUCGUUUCCCAUCAAUUUCUCACCAACAACUGGCAAAAGGCAAGGAACAUAAAUGAGAGGUAGCGAGUUAGGAUAUUGUCUUACAUGGACUUGGGUCUAGUUUCUCUAUUUUUUAUUAUCCAGCCCAUCUAAUCCCACCAUACUUCUUCAAAUUUUUUACAACUCCUAAA